AUGCGUCGCCAGGCACUGGAACACGUCUGCUUGUCGUGUAGACAUGCAAGACAAGCACAGAGCAUACUCAGCCGCACCAGUAGGCGAUAUGUGCAGAUCAGCGCAACACCUUCUUCCCACGAGCCUCUACAGACCCUAGAGCCGGCAGCGUCUGCAAGCUCGAGUCCUUCGGCGGAUGCGCGCUUCGAAGUCGUCGGCAACCCAUUCUCCCUCCUCUCCGCAUCGAUAUCCGCGUCGCAGAAGCUAUACACGAGGAAAGGAACGUUGGUGGGCUUCAAUGGCAAGGCAGAGAAUACCGUGUCAUCACUCUCCCUACUGGAGCCCUUCAGAAGAGCAGCGCUGGGCAUACCAUUCCUAUACCAGCGCAUAACGUCCACCACACCCUACACGGCACUCAUCGCCACAAAAUCACCCAUCACAUCACUCGUUGUCGUGCACUUAGACGGCAGACUAGAUUGGAUGGUCGCAAGGCGGAACGCUCUGCUAGCAUGGACAGGACACACAUUAAGCUUGAAGCCCAGAUGGAACAUGAAGAUGAGCAUGGCACACUGGGGUAGCACAACCGUCACCGGACGUGGCCUGCUAGCACUUUCUGGCAAAGGCCUCAUACACCAGAUCAGCCUCAAGACCGGCGAGGCGUACGUUGUGUCGCCGCGCAACGUUAUCGCAUACAGCAUGAUGCAGCGUGCCCCACAGCCGUACAGAUUCAAGUCGAAUAACCUGCGGCUGCAAAUACCGAAUCCCUUCACCUGGCUGCCGGACACCAGAUGCUGGAGGACCAUUCGGGAUAGCACGUUCUAUAAGCUGCUUAGGGACGCUUCGUUCACAGUCAGAACAUGGGCUAGGAGGACGAUCUGGGGUGAUGGGCUCUUCCUUCACUUUCAAGGACCAGCCACAAUCCUUGUGCAAUCACGAGCGACAAGGCUCAGCGACAGCUUCACGAACCAGGACGUGAACGAAGUCGCCGAUGCCCCUGCUGGCGCAGUACCGGCAGCACUACACGCGAAGUCGGCAGCAGAAGCCGGUGCAGCAGUAACGACAACAGUCCGCGCGGAUCAGCCGACCACGAUGAGUUACGCUGCAGUCAGCAAUACUGGAAGUGUGAAGUUCGACAAACCAUAG